AUGGAAACUGAACCACUUCUUCAGGAUGGGAAUUCCUUAAGCGAUGUAUCGGAGCAAGAUAUCCCGAACGGCCACUCGGUAGGGAGCAAGAACAUUCGCUCGUUCUUCUUGUGCAUCUUUGCUUUAGAAUUAUGCGUCAAGUUCGCUGUUACCCUUCUCGAGCUUCCGAUGAUAGGACUGGUGGAGCUCAUGGUUUGCCAGCGAUACCCUAAUGUUGGUGCCCAGGAUAUCCACGAUGAAGCAUGCAAAAUUCCAAUAGUGCAAAAUAAGCUGGCACAAAUUAUCGGAUACAAGACCACACUUGAUGCUUUACCAUGUCUGUUGACGGUUCUACCCUACGGAUACAUUUCGAAUUUUCGGGGCCGAAGAUUCGUCAUCCUGCUCCAGAUCAGUGGCCGGCUUCUGGCUCUUUGUUGGAUUGUGAUUGUUGGCUUCUUCAGUGGCAAUCCUCCCCCUCAGCUUAUAUGGAUCUCCUCACUGUUUCUGUUUAUUGGAGGCGGCAGGAAAGCCCAGGUGUCUAUAGUUUACACAAGCUUUUGCGACGUUAUCCCCAAAGAAGAAAGGACUCGGUUGCUUGCCCUUGCCCACGCAUCGGAAGGCCUUGCUGGGAUCAUGGCUUAUCCAAUUGGUUCUAUGCUCAUGUCAUAUCGCUUAUGGGCUCCUUUUGCAUUGGCAUUCAUAAUCAACGUUUUCGAAUACGUAGUAUUGUGGUAUACACCCGAGACCUCACCAUUUAUAGCCACGAAGCGAGCAGCACUUUCAGUCCAAUCUCCUACACAUUAUCAUCUGCUACCAACCAUAAAAUAUUUGCAACAAGCCUUGUCAUCUUGUACACAGCGCUCUAAUCUUUGGGUUCUCUUCAAACACGGCGGUCUCAAUGUUAUCUUUGCCUGCUUCUUUACCAAAAGGAUCGCUUUUGCCGCCGGCGACUUCGUUUCACAGUAUGUUUCUGAGAUUCUGCACCGCAAAAUCUUUGAGACUUUUUGGCUGCAAGCUUGCAAUCAUGUCGGCAUGCUGCUCGCACUCAGUGUCUUGAUUCCUUUCCUUACUCAUCAUAUGAAGAGUCCAGCGAAAGAUUUGUGGGUCAUCUCUUGCAGUCUGAUCAAUAUCGUCGUUGGAUUCUUGGUGUUGUGGUUCGGGAGGAGCGUUCCAACUCUUUGUUUAGGGUUACUGGUAUGCGGUCUCGGUGAAGGGCUUGAUGUGGGCCUUCAGUCUCUGGGCUCCUACAUUGUUGGUGUAGCUCACCAUGGAACAUUCUUCUCGCUGUCAGGCAUGCUAGGUGUUGCUGGGGAGCUCCUCGGGGGCCCAAUCAUGGCGGCCGCGUAUACUCCCCGUGGCAAGGAUGGUGAGCCAUUAGGUUAUUGCUUCUUGUUAUCUACGAUCCUUUUUACGUGUAUGCUAUUAGGCAGCCGCUUCAUCAACACCGCAAAACUCUUGGAAUGA